UCAGACACCUUUAUAUCAUAUUCUUCUGCCUAUUUUCAGUGCGGAUGAACCUCUUGCAUGUUAGUUCUAGUAGACAAGGAGUUAACACCUUUAGACGUGUAAUUGUACUCUAGAGUCUGGAGAGCUGCUGCCGAGUUACUUGUGGUAGGUUUCUCAGUGCUGCAAGGAUACUGUACUCGUACAUGAUUCGAGACUUGGCAGAACAGCCUCCACCUCUGACACACCUUGUUGGUAUAAUGUGAAUAAGGGUUAAAAAAAAAAAAAGGAGCGAGUUGUUAUUCAAAAUAAUAACACCAGGGAUUGAGCAAUGGGAAACGUACUUAAUGAGAUGACACAACCCUAUUUGCCUUGCUAAGCAACUCCCACUCCGAGAGACAUAAAGUAGACUAGCGAAGAUUGUCUCCUGCUAGAGAGCAGCCGGUUGAUGAGAGUUGAUCUGUGUUAAAGGUCCUCAACUGAUGUGAACAUGAGCCACUACACUAGCAGCUUCCUAUCGUCAUCCCCCUUAGUCAAUGGAGGCCUGGGGGGGUCCCAUAGCUCUUCAUCGUACAGCAUUGGUGGAGGAAGUCAGGUCUCAGUAUCCAGAUCCAGCUCCUUUUCUUCUGGGAUCGGAAGCUACAACUACUCCAAGGAUUAUGGUGAACAUCUACUGUCCGGAAAUGGCAAGGCGACCAUGAAGAAUCUAAAUGACCGCCUUGCUUCUUACUUGGAAAAGGUUCGAUCUCUGGAGGAAGAAAAUGCCGAUUUAGAGAAUAAAAUCCAGGAAUGGCACAGCAAGAGAUCACAGACCAAGAAAAAAGACUACAGUGCAUAUGAGAAGACCAUUGCAGAACUUCAGUCCCAGCUUAUCAAUGGGCAGCUAAAUGGCGCCAAAUUAACACUACAGAUGGAAAAUGCCAAACUGGCCUCUGAUGACUUCAAGCGCAAGUAUGACACAGAAAAGGCCCUCGGCGCAGCCUUGGAAGUAGACUUGGAAGGUCUUCGGAAAGUCAUGGAUAAUCUCACUAUUGUCAGAACAGACCUGGAGAUGGAGAUCGAAGGGAUGAGGAAGCAGCUGAUCUACAUGAGGAAGAGCCACGAGGAGGAUAUGAGAAGGGCCCAAGCUCGGAAGCAGGGGUCAUCAGUCAACGUGGAAGUCGAUGCCCCAAAAGGAGCCGAUUUAGCCAAAAUCAUAGCUGAUAUGAGAAAAGAAUAUGAAGCCAUAAUAGAUAAAAACCGCAGAGAAGUUGAAGAGUGGUACAAACAACAGUCAUCAACAGUCCAACAGGAAGUAAGUACAAACACCGAAGCCUUACAAAGUAGCAAAAACCAGAUCAAGGAGUUAAGGAGGACUCUGCAGGAGCUGGAAAUUGAGUUGCAAGCAGAAAUCAGUAGGAAACAUGGAUUGGAGAAAUCCUUACAAGAAACUCAGUGUCACUCGGCAGAACAUCUUGAGAAGAUCCAGAUACUUAUCUGCCAGUUUGAGGGCGAUUUGAGCAAAGUCAGAUAUGACCUGGAACGGCAGAACAAUGACUAUAAGGUUCUUCUGGAUAUAAAGAGUCGUCUAGAGAACGAAAUUAACACAUACCGGCGCCUGAUUGACGGAAGCAGUGAGAAGUCUACUCAAUCUACAGAUACAAACCGAAAGGUCAAGACCAUCGUUCAAGACAUGGUGAAUGGAAGAGUGGUGAACGCCAGAAUUUCCGAAAUCCCACAGAAACUGUGAUAGCCAUGAAGACUUAAAUCUUGGGAUGCAACAAAUGUUUUACAGAAGAAGCGGAUGACAGAUACCCUGUUUACAUGUGCCAAUAUUUAUCAUUAAUGUACAGAGGGACUAUUCUAAUAUGUACCUGUCCAGAGAGAUAUUUAUUGAUGAGAACACAGGAGAACCAUGUACAGUGUGUCUGCUUAAUGCAAUAACACAAUGAUGCCAGACCUUCCCAUAUUAUUAUGGUCACAUCAACUAGGUUACAUUUUUUUAAACAUAUGCUGGGUCCUUUAGUAAGAGUAUCAUUUAGGAGCAUGUUCCCGGAAAUGUGAUGAUUUUCCUUUUUUUUUUUUCUUUUUUUUUGUUUUGCUUAUAUCUAAAGCUGGUCUUUCAUACUUGUAAUAUAAACCCCAAGGAGAAUAGGUGGAAGUACUUAUUAUUUUCUAUUGAAUCGUCUCCUUUUGGAAUAGGGGUGUCUGCUUCCGCCACUUUGAAGUACCUUAUAAGAGUGUUUUAGUUCAAUAGUUGAAGACCCUUACCUCUUAAAGGGGUACUCCACCCCUAGAUAUCUGAUCACCACAGUAUAGCAAAUAUAUUGUAUAUGUCACCUGUUCACACUUGGGCGGGUGUCUUGGGUUUUUCAAUAGUGACCCCCACAGUAUAGCAUGCGGCACCCACCUGUUUCUUGUCUGGAAGCGCUGGAGGGUCUGGGUCGCGACCACGGGAACGGACGUCUGUGACGUCAUGACUCCGCCCCCGUGUGACAUCAU